AGGCGGGGCCGCGCAGCGUCGGGAGCGCGCGGAGGCGGCAGCUCGGAGCCCGCCGGGGCACCGCCAGCGUCGGCCGCGCCGGCCAUGGAUCCCCUCCCCAAAGACGGCGAGAGCGCGGCGGCCGGGGAGCCCAGCCGGGGCGCCGGCCCCUCCAGCGGGGUGGUGGUGCAGGUCCGGGAGAAGAAGGGCCCCCUGCGCGCCGCCAUCCCCUACAUGCCGUUCCCCGUGGCCGUCAUCUGCCUCUUCCUCAACACCUUCGUGCCAGGGCUGGGAACACUUGUAUCAGCUUUCACGGUGCUGUGUGGAGCCCGGACCGACCUCCCUGACAGGCACAUGUGUUGCGUCUUCUGGCUGAACAUUGCUGCUGCACUGAUUCAGAUCCUGACAGCAAUCGUGAUGGUUGGCUGGAUUAUGAGUAUAUUUUGGGGGAUGGACAUGGUCAUUCUUGCAAUUUCACAAGGCUACAAGGAGCAGGGGAUCCCACAGCAGCUGUAGUGGCUGGGACAAAUAUGUUCAGAGAAACACGGCGACAGAUUUCCUUUGGCAGCCGUGGGCCGCGGACCUUUUCACUACCCUUUGUCUUUCUUCUUCCUUUUGUUUUGUGUUUGCCCCUGUCCACCUGCCCAUCCAGCGGAGCGGAGGUGCAGAACAGCAGGAGGAGACUUGCACUGAGCGAGGAGCAGAGAUGGGGCAAAUGCAGCGUGCGUUGGGACCAGCCCCAGCCAGUGUGCGGCGGGUGGUCGAGGAGGAGGAAAAGCAGGGUGCCGAGAGGAGGAAACCCCCCGGUGAAGGUGGCACCCGGGCAGGCAGCAGAGCUGGGGGAGUGGGGAGCGGGAGAUGUUGCUCUCUCUGUCCUCCCAGCAGGAAGUGGUCAAAGACAUUUUGCCUCCUGUUAGACGUUUCUGCCUCCUGUUACAUUAAAGAAAACCAGCUGUGAACAUCAAAUGCCAAGGAGCUAUCAAUAGACAGAUGUACAGCCUGUAAAAGCAACAAGCGGUACUUUUUUCCCUUCUGAGAGCCCGUUCUUGACUGCUUGGUGGCAGCAGAGGGCUCAGCCCAGCUUCCUCAGCUGUGUACCUUCGAUGCUCUAUCCUUGCAGAUGUCUUGAGAAACGUGCUUGCUGUAAGUUGCAUUUUACUGUUAAACUGACUUGGGCUGUCCUCUACUUCGAUCCGCUGGCUCCACGCAGGCACCAGACCUCCCACUGGCCCCGGGAAGCUCCUGCCAGCGGGAGACGGGGAUCCCCUGCACCCUGCGUGCUGCCGGCGGCAGUGGGACAAGCCCUGCGCUGCCACAAACCUCCCGUGUAAAGACUUCUCGUCCCCUUCCCCUGGAAGGAACCUGCUGUCGGUUUCUCCUUGGUUUGGAUGUGGAUCCCUGCGCAGCGUGUCCUGCAGGUGGAGCGUCUCCGCUCUGCUCCCCAGGGUCAAUCAAGCAACCAAUGCAAAACUCCAGAGGUGCUGAGGUCUGCCAGAUGGACACCAAGGAGAAAGGCACCUAUUUCUGCCUAUGGGAGGGAUCAGUUUUAAUAAACAGCCAGACUUCCACUACCUACUUCAGGGCAGGAGCAGCUUUACAGAUUUGCCACUAACCCAGCUACCUUAGGGAUACAGCACUGGACUGAAUUUUCAACCAACUGCUGCAAAACCAAUGAGGAACGCUGCUUUUUCCAGUAGCCCUUCCCUGGAGAGACAUUUCUGAGACAUUCAUAUCCACCACUGGAUAGCUGGACGUUUUUUACCCUCUCCCAAGAUACUGGCCCUCUGUCCAGAGAUGGAUUUAGCAGAGCCCAGACCCCUGACACUGCCCCCAAGGAGCCCACAGCGGGGAAGCUGGCAGCCAGAAGCAGGGGCUCACAGGUUUCACUGGUGAGAAGCCCAAUGCAGUGAAAGCCCAGGUAGAAGUGCUGAUUUGAAGUGCUCCCUCACAAGCAAUGCUUUUUAUUAUUAUUAUUUGUUAUUAUUAUUUUUAGGGCCAGAUGAAUCAUCCAGCACCUUCCCACCUUGUCUGUCAGGUGCCUGCCUGGCGCACGUGGCGUGCUCGCUCCUGCCUGCGGGAACGGGACCGUCCCAGCCACCCCUCCUCACCGGUCACAUCAGCUAACGCUUUCAGGGCUUCCACCAGAACAUUCCUCCUCUUCCUCCUGGUAAAUAUUGCCUCCCUGCACAUUUUUUUGGUACAGCAGAUACCAAAAGGCUAUAACUGCAGACCCUGCACACGAUCCAGCUGCUGACCUGGACUGAGGCGCACCGGGACAGCUCGAUGCCAUCCCUUGCUUUAUGAGUACAAAUGCUUUAGGUGCAAGUGUUGCAGCUACAGAGCGACAGCAGGUUACGAAGAAUAAAUGCAACUGCUUCACCACCAUCAGCCAGCAACAAACUACCCUCUGUUGCUCUUUCCUGACUGGGAAAACCAGGUUUCUCAAAAAGGGCUUUAAUGAAAUAGUUCCUUGGUACUUUGAACCUAGCCGGGCUGAAAAAAAGCUGAUUUACUGCUUGCUGGAAAGCACUUCCAGGUAGGAACCAAACCAAAUGUGCUUUUGAAGUUCAUGGUGAGUCAUAAAGUAGUUUCACUCUGAGUGAGCCGAACCAUUUCAAUGUUCAUAGAUCUGCUGGUGUUGCCAAUUCUGUACUUACCAUGGAAAAGGUGCUGUGAAAAAUGGUCCCUGCCCGCUGCACUCCUGCCUGCCCGGCAGAGCUGCCUGCAGAGGUUCAGCAUCUCCUGGCUGUGGCAGCAUGACGGGUGAUCCCUGCACUUCCUAGGGACUUUGCCAUGAUAACACUGGACACCUGCUGCUGCCCUCAGUCAGGCUUUGUGCUAGGAAAUGGUCUGGCAUGCAAGCACUCCACAGCAGGCGUUGUGGGUACAUGACACAUGGGUACCUGUGUGAGCACCACCGCACCCCACACUGCCAAAAAAGCCGCAUGUUCCCCUCCAUGUGCAUCACUUAAUUUAUUAAAAGACCUUUCCGUUUUGCUGGAAAUUGCCCUUUGUCAUAGCCUCUCCAUGAUGCAUGAGGUGUUAUGCAGAGCUCCACAUUUGGGAAGCCCAUGCAUGAAAACCCAUAAUGCCAUUACUGUCCAGGGGCUGCUUUAUCCCAUCCUGGUAUUGCCUCCUCACCGCCUGGGGGUGAACCACGCACAUGCUAAGCCAUCAGGGUGUCCUCAGACCCUGCUGCUGCACAGCACCACAGGGCCUUGUCCCACAGAUACCCUU